GCCGGUGCAGAACUCCGGGAAACAUUCGCCAGGAGAUGGUAAUUGGACCCUUGGGAGCCGAGGCGCUCACCAGGCUAGAGAAUAGAGUGGGAAAGGAGAAGGCUCAGGGUGCAGGAGCUUCAGGGCCAGAUAGGACUGACACCUGCCAAGUCCUGCUUAGCUUUUCUAGAAAAGGCUCCCCCAGGAGGCAGAUCCUUCCCAUGACACGCUUCUUCCCUGGUAGUGAGAGUCGGGGCCAGAAGACAACGGCGCGGGUGCCUUAGCUUUCAAGGGGCAAAAUGCUCCCGAAGGCGAGUCCCUGCGCUACCCAUUGCUCCACUUGAUCGCUCCCACAUAAGCGCAUUGGCAAAGUGCUUAGCCCUGGCAGAUGCCUGGUACCCAGAGGUGGCUAAUAAACGGUUCCUCCCAUCUCUUCCUUCCUUCCUGUGGAGCCGCCGGCCUCCCUCGCCAGCUGAGCCUUCCUGAGUCUCCCCACUCAGUCCAUUCAUUCCUUCAGUCAUUUAUUUGUUUGUUUGUUUUUUUCACCAGGGCAACUGGGGUCAAGUGACUUGCCCAGGGUCCCACAGCCAGGAGGUGUUCGGUGUCUGAGGCCCCAGGGCCUCCUGACCUCGGGCUGGGGCUGCGCCCACCGGCCCGAGCCGCCCCGUCCCAUUCGCUCGUUCAGUUGUUCCUUGCGCCGUGAGGCCUUCUGGUCCCCAAGGCUGUGCAUUCAGAGCCUGGCCCUGGGGUCAGAGUCACCGCCUGGCGCCCCUCGGGCUCCUGAAGGCCCCUCUUGCAGACGAGGGCACCGUGAGGGGCAGGAGGCGGGCGUUGGGAGCCAGCCCCGCCCCCGGAAGGUGGUCUCUGGGACCCGAUGUCCCUCCAGCUGCCACCCGGGGCUCCCCAUGCUCCGUCCCUCACCAGCCCGCUCCGCUUCUCGUGCUUUAGCCCAAACCGGAAGGAUGGACAAGGACAGCGGCCUGCCCUCCAUCGACAAGCUGCAGGGCCUGCAGAUCUGGGUCAUUGAGAAGAUGAAGAUGGUUCUCGUCCCCCAGAAGGCCUAUGGGAGUUUCUUUGAAGGUGACUGCUACAUCAUCCUGCACAAUGAGAAGACGAGCCGGGGCCUGGCCAUCGACAUCCACUACUGGAUCGGCAAGGACUCGGCGGUGGACGAGCAGGGGGCGGCGGCGGCCUUCACGGCCCAGCUGGACGGGCUGCUGGGAGACGUCCCCGUGCAGCACCGCGAGGUCCAGGGCUACGAGUCCGAGGUCUUCAAGAGCUACUUCAAGAAGGGCAUCAUUUACAAGAAGGGGGGUCUGACCUCCGGCUUCAAGCACGUGGAGACCAACAUGUACAACAUCCAGAGGCUCCUCCACAUCAAGGGAAAGAAGCCUGUGACGGCCACGGAGGUGGACCUGACCUGGGACAGUUUCAACAAGGGAGACGUCUUCCUCCUGGACCUGGGGAAGGUGCUGAUCCAGUGGAACGGCCCCGAAGCCAACCUGUCUGAGAAGUCCCGGGGACUGGCCUUGGCCCGGAACAUCCGCGACGGCGAGCGGGGCGGCCGGGCCCAGAUCGGGGUGGUGGACGAGGAGCAGAUGAGCUCGGCGGAGCUGCUGCAGAUCAUGGAGACGGUGCUGGGGCCGCGGGCGGGCGCGCUGAGGGACGCCGUCAGCGAGGAGAGGGCCGACGAGUUCCAGAAGGCCAACCUCCGGCUGUACCACCUUUAUGAAAAGGACGAGGACUUGGUGGUCCAGGAGAUCGCCACGCGGCCGCUGACGCAGGACCUCCUACAGCAUGAGGACUGUCACAUCCUGGACCAAGGGGGCUUCAAGAUCUACGUGUGGAGGGGCCGCGGCUCCAGCAAGGAGGAGAAGAAGGCAGCCUUCAGCCGGGCAGUGGGCUUCAUCCAGGCCAAGGGCUACCCAGCCACCACCAACGUGGAGGUGGUGAACGACGGCUUCGAGUCCGCCAUGUUCAAGCAGCUCUUCCAGCAGUGGACAGAGAAGGACCAGACAGAAGGGCCGGGCCGGGCUUACGGCCUGGGCAAGACCGCCAAAGUGGAGCCCGUGAAGUUCGACGUGACCAACCUGCAGGGGCAGCCCGAGCUGGCUGCAGAGCAGAGGAUGGUGGACGAUGGUUCAGGGAAGGUGGAGGUGUGGCGGAUCGAGGACUUACACAAGAAGCCCGUGGACCCCAAGAAGUACGGCCAGUUCUAUGGGGGUGACUGCUACCUGGUCCUCUACACCUACCAGAAGUCAGGGCGGGCCCAGUACAUCAUCUACAUCUGGCAGGGACGAUAUGCAUCGGUAGACGAGGUCACCGCUUCGGCUCUCAACGCCCUUGAGCUGGACCACAUGUACCAGGAGGAAGCCGUGCAGGUGCGGGUGACCAUGGGCAAGGAGCCCCGGCACUUCCUGGCCAUUUUCCGAGGGCGGCUCGUCGUGUUCCAGGUAAGAGAAGAGUGGCCUUUGGGAGCCCCCUCCGCCUUGUCAUCUGUCAGGACAGGGGUCUUUUGGGAAGACCAUGGAGAAGUGGAGAGUGGCCAGAAGUGGGCAGCGAAGGACCCUGAGGUCGCGGCAUCUGAGAACCGAUUGGAAGAACUGGGAAUAUUGGGUUGGAAGAGAGAAUUGCUAGAACCAGAGCUAUUUUCCUUCCCAGGGAGUUCCCAAGAUGAGGAGGGGGAGGAAAGUCCCUUAGCAGGAGGUCACUGGGCCCGGCCGGCGCGGGACCCGGCCGACAUCGGUUGUUCCGGUGAGGGCCGGACGGACAACACCAAGCCACCGGGUGCCCGCCGGCCCCCCCUCAAGGACAUCUUCCUGCUCGCCCCGGAAUCUCUUGUGGGGUGGGUGGCCUGGCACCCUGGGGGCGAGGGGCCGCCCUCAGCUGCUGUGGGCCUAGGGGCUGAGCGGGCGGUGAAGGGGAGGGUGGGGGAGAGCCGCCCUCUGCCUUCUGGGCACUGGUGGGAGCCCCACCUCCCAGGGGGGCCCCAGCCCCUCCCAGGGGUUCCAGCCCUUCUUCAGGAGUUCAGCCUGGUGCAGGCCACUUGUCUGCUGGGUGGAGGCUGGGGCUGGGUGGGCACCCAAGACUCCUUCCUUGGGUUCUGGGAUGUGAUGGAGCGGGCAGAGAAGGGAGGGCCAAGGGGAGCCAGCGGCCUGGCCAGUGGGCCAAAGGGAAGGAGCCAUUCCUUCCGGCUGAAAGAAGCGGGAUGGCUCCGGUCCCAGGACGGGGAAGGGCGGGUGCCAAGAAGCAGAGCCAUGGGGGGCGGGGGAGCCAUCUUCCUGCUCUCCCUGCUGAGAGCUGACCCUCAUGCUCCCAGGCCCCAGGAGAGGACCUCCUCCUACCAGCCCCGCCUGUUUGAAUGCUCCAAUCAGACGGGCCGAUUCAUCAUGACAGAGAUCAUGUUCUUCAGCCAGGACGACCUGGAUGAGGAUGACAUCAUGCUCCUGGACACCUGGGAAGAGGUUUUCCUGUGGAUUGGGAAGACUCUGGCCUACGAGAAGAAGGAGGCCGUGGCCGUGGCCCGGGAGUACCUCAAGAGCCACCCGGCGGGCAGGGACCCCGCGACCCCCGUCAUUGUGGUCAAGCAGGGCCACGAGCCCCUCACCUUCACCGGCUGGUUCAAUGCUUGGGACCCCUACAAGUGGAACGUGAGCCCCGGGCUGCCCCUCCCCAUCUCUGCCCCCACUUCUGCCCCAGCCCCUCCCCAUUUGGGGCCCAGAUCCCCGAGGGCUGAAGAGCAGCCCUGGGCGAUCCCGCCACCCGAGAUGACGGGAACUCGGCAACAUCAACCUGCUGCAGUGGCUGUCGGAGGAGCGGCCCGGCCCGGGACCCGCCGCCCCCUGGGGGCCCCGCCCGGCCCCCCGCCCGGCAGCGAGCCCGGCUCCAGCUCCAGCAGCCCCAGCAGCAGCUACUACAGCGGCAACAGCAACUGCAACAGCAGCGACGCGCCCCCGGCGCCCAGCUGCCCCGCCCCCGCCGCCGCCCCCGGCCCCCCCAGCGCCCCCAUCCCCCGCGAGCAGCUGAUCAACAAGGCUGUGGAGGAUCUGCCCGAGGGCGUGGACCCGUCCAGGAAAGAGUUCUACCUCUCAGACUCUGACUUCCAAGACCUCUUUGGCAAAUCCAAGGACGAGUUCUACCGGAUGGCCAAAUGGAAGCAGCAGAGUGAGAAGAAGCAGCACGGCCUGUUUUGAGGCGCCACCUGCCAGUGCUCCCCAGCGCGCUCAGGCUCCCCAGUUCCGUUCCUGUCCUCCAGGAGGCAUCCCCGAAUCUGCUGGCCUAGCCCCUCCCCAGCUCCCUAAACUGGUCUAGCCCCUCCCCCAGCUCCCUAAACUGGCCUAGCCCCUCCCCCAGCUCCCUAAACUGGCCUAGCCCCUCCCCCAGCUAGCUGGGCUGAUUUAGCCCCUCCCCCAGCUCCCUGGGCUGACAGCCCCCACCCCCACCCCCAGCUUCCUGGGCUGUCCCAUCCUACCACUGAGCUCCAAUUCCAGUCCUUUGAGGCCCACAGGGACACGGCCCCUCCCUGGAGUUCUGAGUAGGGGGGGGCAUUAGCUGGACCCUUGGGCGCCCCCCACAGAGCCAAAGCCCGUAGUCUGGGCCGUUCCCCCCCCCCCGUGCCCCCCGUUCUGACAAUAAAGGCUUCCUGACUUCCUGACCGCAUGCCCCCUCCCUCGGCCUGAAGGGCAGCCUGGGCAGGGCCCGGGAGCCACAGACAGAGCUCAUCUUCCCGGGCAGUGGAGCCAGUCUCACCCAGCGCCACCGUGAGGGUGGGUGGGGGUGCAGGAGAGGGAGCGCCCCCAGCUACGUACACAGGACCCCCCGCAGGGCUCUGGACGGGCAGCGGCGGGGCAGCUGGCGGGCAGAGGGUGGGGAAUCAGGCACAGCUGGCUCUGAACUUCACCCCAGACACUGGCUAGCCGGCCACCUCUCUGGGACUCAGUUUGUUCAGCUGUGAAACGGACACAACGGCCCAUCUCCUGGUCUGGAGGACCCCGUGGGCACAGAGUGUGCUGCCAUCCCCUGAUGUGAGCCUCUGCUCUGUCCGGCGGCCUCAGCUACGGCACUGCCCCAGCCUCGGGCACAGAAACAGAGCAGGACUCCCUCCCACGGAGGCCGGGGCCGCACCUCCCUGCCAAGUCUGAUGGCCGUCUGGCUCCUGAGAGGCCUGGAGCGCAGCUGGGGGAGGGUCCCCGCGGAGGGUCAUCCCUUCUGGGUUUUGCGGGGCCCAAGCUCCCUUUCCCGACUUUCCCCGGGCUCUGCUAGCAGAGGUGGCGCCUCCAGGCUGAGCUGGCAUUUGGGGGGUGGGGAAAGACAGCAAGCAUCCCCUCCCUCCGCCCAUGGAGUCAAUGGCAGCGACCGGAUCUCCCAUCCCACAGAUUUCCAGGCCCGGCUCCCAAACAGGAGGGCCUCGAAGGGAGGCCG